GACCUUAGUACCCCGUAAUCCCAUAUAGGGGACACCACUGCACCUCGGUGCAGACCGACAGUCAGUUAUGCCGUCUGCAUAACGUAUGAGAGCAGGUCAAACUGAGUCAGCUGGCCACUGGUCUCGCUCGCAUGUUCUCGUGGUUUGUUUGUAACUUUUGUUUAAACGUGUUUUUUUACAAUCCAGUGUGAUGGAAGGUGAAAUUGAAACAAAUUCCAGUUGUGUCUCAUGCACCCGACAAGAAAUAUUUGAUGCCAUUCGCAUGCAGCUUCUAUCAGAAUAUGGCAAAAAAGUAAAAGAAUUAGAAAAUUAUAUAUCACUGAAAACAAAGAGACCAUUUCAAUGUCACGCAGACGACAAGAUGGCACUGAAAAACCUCUUCCACACUUUAAAAACUAAGUGGAUCGAGUGCAACCGAACAGUCUCACGCUUUUAUAAUAAGAAUAGUGAAUGGCUUAAGGGAACAAUACAACUGGUAACAAUAAUAAAUGAAAUUUACUGUUGUCCGGGUCCCGAGGAAUUAAAAGUUUCGGAAGCAUGUACGAGCAAAGAUGAUGAACCUUCUACAAGUUCGAAACCCAGAGGUCGACCUAUCACAGAUUUCGAGAUGUUAUCCGAUCGAUCAAAAAGGCGGAGGUCAAACCAGUUACUCAAAACGCACAGCACAGCGGAAUUGGCUUUUGCAACGAGUAUGAGUUUUCGUUCAUCUGGAGCCGCCGAUGCUGCCUCUAUUGUCAAGGACGUCACAACUUUAUCUCCAUCUCAUGCUACUAAGUAUAAGACAGCUUACAGAGCUGCCGAUCUUCCUCUGUGUAAAGAAAUUUCUGGCGAUCUUGCACUUUCCGAUCUUGUAGAAGGUAAAAUGACUAGAAAAACCUAUCGGUUGAUUCGCAAAAGAGAAUUACAGAACAACGCUAGAGUUUAUCCUUCGUAUCAUAAAGUUUUGGAUGCUAAAACUCGAUGUUAUCCGCCGGAUAUUAAAGUUACAGAGACUCUAGCGGAAGUUCCAUUACAAUCGUUAUUGCACCACAUAGCAAGCAGAAUUCUUUCAGUACAGAAUGACGUAAUUCAAACAUUACCUGAAGAAAAAGUCCGUAGUUUGGAAUUAAUUGCAAAAUAUGGAUUUGACGGUUCUUCUGGUCAAAAGCAAUACAAACAAAAGUUUGAAGACGAGGAUGCGUCAGACGCGAGUAUUUUAUUAACAUCACUUGUACCAUUAAGAAUAACCGGUAGUAACGAUAAAAAUCUGUUGAUUUGGCAAAAUCCAAAACCGUCUUCUCCAAGAUUUUGCUCUCCAAUUAAAUUACAAUAUAUUCACGAAAACGUUACUUCAACUUUGGAGGAAAAUAGUUAUGUCGAAGAUCAAAUAGCUAAACUUGCCUCAUUUGUGACAAUUAUCGACGGAAAAGUUAUUACUGUUACUUUCAAGCUUCUCUUUACAAUGAUUGACGGUAAAGUUAGAAAUACAAUAACGAUUACAAAAUCCAACAUGCGCUGUUAUUUAUGUGGAGCCACGUCUAAAAAAUUUAACAAUCUUGAUGAAGUUAGUUUAUUACCAGUAGACGAAAAAAAUUUGCGGUACGGUUUAGCUACGUUACAUGCUUGGAUCCACUUUAUGGAGUAUUUCUUACAUUUAGGUUAUAAACUGGGUACGAAGAAAUGGCAAGCACGAUCGAAAGAAGACAAAGAAAAUGUAAAAAUGCGAAAAGAGGCUAUACAAAAGGGUUUCAAAUUGCGAUUUGGACUCAUUGUUGAUGCUCCAAAAGUGGGAGGAUUCGGUACCAGUAAUGAUGGCAAUACUGCUAGGCGAUUUUUUGCUUAUUCGUCUGAGUCGGCCGAAAUUUUGGGUUUGGACGCUGAAUUGCUAAAUCGUGCUCACAUUAUAAUGCAAGUUCUGUCAUGCGGAUACGCUGUGAAUGUAGAUCUUUUCAAAAGUUAUUGCUUAGAAACUGCGAAUAUGUUAGUGCAAAGUUUUCCGUGGUCUUGCAUGCCAACAUCCAUUCAUGAAGUGUUGAUUCAUGGUCCCCUCAUUAUUGAAUGGGCACCAUUGCCGAUCGGGCAACUAUCCGAGGAAGCCCAAGAAUCGCGAAAUAAAGAUAUCAAGAAAUACAGAGAAAAUUAUUCGCGAAAGCAUUCUAGGGAAAGUACCAUGAGAGACGUGUUUCAGUGGUUGCUUGUGUCUUCCGAUCCGGUAAUCUCGAGUUUGCGCAUAACACCUCCGAAAAAAAGUGAAGCACUGUCAUUCGAGGCCAUACAGUUAUUAAGUCCUUACGUGCACGGAACCGAGGAGUCUUCCACCUCGGAUGUCAGUUCAAAUACGACGGACGACUGUAGCGAUUAAAUUCGUAUGUAUUGUAAUGUUUGUAAAUAAAUUGAAAGUCAUUUUGGAUCCGCCAUUUUGAAUUUUGAAAAAAAUAAUAUCAAAUUCAUAAUUAGCGACCUUGAAAACCCUUAUAUAUCAUUUUUUGUUUCAAUCAAACUAAUUUU